GGAGGAGGACUGGGGGGGGGUCAGAGACUUUGUAGAGUUUAAGGCGUCAGGGAAAAAGGGAGAUCCUGGCAAUGAGUCAGUAAAGCCCAUGAGAAGUGAACAAACGUAACAAUCUUCGCACAUUUAAGCGAGUCGGUAAAUUGCCUGUAUCAUCCAUACAAGUGGCUUGCAGAAAUCAUCAUGCAAGGAGGUCUUGCCAAAGCAGGAGGAGGACUGAUGAUGGCCACCAUCCAACAAUUGGUGUUGGAUUGCUAAACAUUUCAAUGGGAUUGAUGCUACAGGCAACAACGUGACGAAAUAAAAGUUGCAGCAGGUAAACAGGGGGAGGGAGAAGACAACAGAGGGAGGAGAGGAAGAGAUUGAGGAGGAGAGCAACCCACAGGGGCACAUAAGUGUCAAUGACAUCUGCACAGGGUUGGUGCCUGAAGGUUGAGAUCUGAAGUUCUGGUUGGUGUUUGAGGACCUGGAGGUCUACAUGGACUGUGCUCUUUUAUUGAAUGACUGAUGGACACUGUACAGUCUACAUUGACAUCUGCACAAGUUUAGUGCCUGGAGGUUGAGGUCUGGAGAUCUGGUUGGAGGUGGAAGGCUGAAGAUCUGGUUGGAGGUUGAGAUUUACAGAGCCGGUUGGAAGUUUAGGACCUGGAGGUCUACAUGCACUGUACCAUCUACACGGACAUCUACAGAGGUUAAGUGCCUGGAGGUCUAGAUGCACUGAGAUCUCUCAUUGAAUGACUUAUGGACACUGUACCAUCUACAUGGACAUCUGCAGAGGUUAAGUGCCUGGAGGUUGAGAUCUGAAAAUCUAGUUGGAAGUUGAGAUCCAGAGAUCUGAUUGGAGGUUGAGAUCCACAGAUCUUUUUUUUAAAUCCAACAAAAGUUUUAUUUAGUUUGCAGAGGUACAAGGCAUACAAAAUCCCCUCGACAUAUCGGGGACACAAACAAAAUAGAGAGAUCCACAGAUCUGGUUGGAGGUUGAGAUCCACAGAUCUGGUUGGAGGUUGAGAUCCUUGAAUUUGGUUGGAGGGUUAAGAACCUGGAAGUCUACAUGGAUUAGGAUCUUCCAUUGACUGACCGAUGGACACCGUACAGUACCACCACCAAGCAGGAAGGAUGGAGGCCGCGUCGCCUUUGGACCUCAGCCUCCGAAAAAGUGUUUUGGAGGAGAUGUCCCGAAAUCCCACCGGAUUAUGGGCAAAGGGUGCUGUGCAGGUGGCUAAGACCCUGAAGGAGGUCAAAAUGGAGCAUACAAAGUCACCAGCAGGGGGACACGGUGGGUUGCUGGAGGAAACAGGACUACACAAAGACCAAGCCUGUUUGCCCCUGCGGAAACGUAGGUUCCCCCAGUCACCAAAGGAGGAGAAGCCCUUAGUGAAGCGGAUUGAUGAUGGCGAAUGGACAAGGCAGUACUACAGUUCCUAUGUGACGAUGCCGGUAGUGCCGACGCCAGGUUAUUACCAAGGGAGUCCGCCUGCAUAUGUCUCUUCCACGAUAUACUCUGCUCCUGCCAUUAUGACCCCACGACCCCUGAGACUAGUGCCAGCAACGCUUAAUACUGAAAUAGAUCUCCAUGCUGACAUCAUCGCAGCUACCCGGGCGGAUGAGGAUGGGGACACAGCGCUGCACAUUGCUGUGGUCCAUGAGAACAUUUUAGCUGUUCAGAGGGUGAUUGCACUGCUAAACCAUGGGAGAAUAAACCUGGAUAUACUCAAUAACCUCAGGCAGACGCCCCUCCAUCUUGCGGUGAUCACAAAUCAGCCAGACCUUGUUGGCCUCCUACUAGAACAUGGAUCCUCUCCCAGCAUUCAAGACCGUAACGGACAGACUUGUGUUCAUUUAGCGUGUGAAUAUGGAAGUAUUGCCUGCCUAGAGGUUCUGAUGAGAGCUGACACCAAAGACUUGGAGGCCACCAAUUAUGAGGGUAUGACCGCAUUGCACAUAGCUGUCAGUACAGAACGCAGGGGCUUAACGCUUUGUUUGCUGAAGCACGGAGCUGAUGUGAACGCAGUGGAUAUAAAGAGUGGACAAAGUCCAUUGAUCCAAGCGGUGGAAAGUAACCAAGAGGACAUGGUGUCCCUACUUAUUCAAAAUGGCGCAAAGGUCAACCAGCUGACAUAUGCUGGGAAUACUGCAUUGCAUGUGGCGAGUGGACGAGGCCUUGCUGAAAUCACACGGUUACUUCUAAAGAGUGGCGCAGACGGCAGCAUAAAAAACUGCCACAAUGACACAGCCUUGACGGUGGCAAGGGACAAAAAGAUUGCAAAUAUCCUCCGAGGAAAGUCCUCUUCUCCACGAGCUCAAAACGAGAGGUUCAAGGGAGAAGGUCGAGAGCAUACUAUCACUCCACCGCAACACAGAGUUAUAACACCGAGUCCCACUUCCAUCAGUCCACCUCCGUAAAGAGAUAUGGAUCCGUUUCCUCUCCCUACCUCAGACUCAAUACUGUGACCUGUACAUAAGAAGGCAGUUCAUCCAAAGAAGAUGAAGACUGCCCACUAGGAUAAGUGGUUUCUGGUCCUCAAUGAAUGACCCUACUGGCCUGGAGAAUGAGGCAAUGGGCGAAAUAAAGGAUGUUGAAAAAACAUCAAUGUUUCAGGGCGCAAAAACAAACUGAGAAUUCCAAUACAUUCACUUCCACCUCAAUGUUCUCUGCAAACUGCCCAUCAACAUAGACGCCCACACAAAACCCCCCAUGACAAUUUUUUUCAGCUGAAAGUGGAGAUGAGUGAAUUAAUUAAUGGACUACUGGUUUACAGUAGAUCAAUGAACAUAAACUUGUACACUCCCAUUCAUAGUCGAAAUACUGUAUGUAAUUUAAUACCCAAGUAUCGGUGUUGGCAGUUAACAUUGUAUUAGCACUAGAAUGCUUACUAAAGACCAAGGGCCAGAUCCACAAAAACGGGCGUCUAUUUAGGCAGGCGUAGCACAUCUCAUAUGCGCUA